CCUCCGCCGCCGGUGACGUAGCGGUCCCAGCCCCCACCCCGCCGCCUUAGGUUGCGACCGUAGGCUCACCUCCGGCCGCGGACCAAAACCCCACUUUGCCGCCGUCCCGAGCCGCCAAAAAACCCUCUUUGCCGCCUCCACCAACUGCCGGAAAACCCUCCUCGCCACCGCCGCCUCCCACCGCCGAUGACGAGAAACCCUCCUCGCCGCCGCCACCAGCCACCGAAAAACCCUCCUCCUUCUCCUCGCCGCCGCCGCCGACCGACGCGGCCGCAGAAUUUGGGAGAAACUGCAAAUGCAAUUAAGGAGCCAGCCGCUGGCUGCAAUUCGACUGCUGUGUGUGAAGCACUAUUGGGUAGGGAAAUGGUGACGGAUUGUGGUGAUGCCCCUGAGGUGGAGAAAUUGGCGAGCAGGGGUGAGGAGAGAGAUGAGGUGGGAAUGUCGGAGCGGCAGAGGAGGAGGAUGACGGAGGUGUUUGUUGGUGGGCUCAACAGGGACGCAAAGGAGGAGAAUGUGAGAGGGGCGCUUGCGGAGGCGGGGGAGAUCACCGAGGUGCGGAUGAUAAUGGAUGGCACGACAAAGAAGAACAAAGGCUACUGCUUUGUGCGCUACCAUGAGGCUGCACAGGCCAGGAAGGCCAUCGCAGAGUUCGGCAAUGUUAAGAUUUGUGGGAAGCACUGUCGAGUUGCAGCACUGGAGAGGAAUGAUACAAUUUUUCUUGGAAAUAUUGACAAGAAAUGGAAGAAAGAAGAUGUGAGUAUAACUGCACUUAUCAUGAAUCUACUACAGAAAAUUGGAGUUGAGAACAUUGAUGUUGUGACGCUUAUGGAUGACUGUAACAACCCAGGCUGUAAUCGUGGGUUUGCAUUUCUUGAACUUGAGACUUAUAGGGAUGCACAGAUAGCAUACAAAAAGCUUUCAAGGAAAGAUGUUUUUGGCAAGGGUUUAAAUAUAAGAGUUGCAUGGGCUGAGAAUGGCUCAAAGGUUAAUAUGAAAGUCGCUCUUGCGCAAUCUGCCCAAAAGAGCAAGAAGAAUAUAGAAGAUCAUAAAUGUUGUAUUAGUGAGAAACGCACGACAAAUAUUCCUAAAAGUGAAAGAAAACUUGGGUCGUCUUCACUGCAUAUAUUGCCUUCCAGUUCCAGGGUGGAUAAUGAGAACAAUGAUCUAUUUCAUUUCUUAGAAAGUACAAGCUACUAA